CGCAGAUCCGAGGCCCAGGGCUCUCUAGCCGCGCCGGGAGAGGCAAUACGAGGUCACACAGCUCCUCGGACUUCCGCCGGGGCGACCCACGCGGUCCAGCCUAGGGCAUACCCUUGCGCCCUGGGCGCGCUGUCGAGGUCUCGGAACCCUGCUUCUACAGCCUUGCACGCCAUGGUUUCUUCCCGGGUCCGGAUCGGGAGAUGGGUGGCAGCAGCCAGGGCGGCCCACAGGCGCCCCCGUGUGGACAGCCUGGGACAGCCUCGGAGUCCCGAGUCCGCGAGCACGCGCGCCGCGCUUUACGUGCACUGGCCCUAUUGUGAGAAGCGCUGCAGUUACUGCAACUUCAAUAAGUACAUACCCCGCGGCGUGGAGGAAGGGGCCUUGCAGAACUGCCUGGUGACGGAGGCACGGACGCUGCUGCGGCUCAGCGGGGUGCAAAGGGUGGAGUCUGUGUUCUUUGGUGGGGGAACCCCGAGUCUGGCCAGUCCUCACACUGUGGCUGCUGUCCUGGAGGCCGUGGCACAGGAAGCCCAUUUGCCUGCAGAUUCGGAAGUCACAUUGGAGGCUAACCCCACUUCAGCCCCAGGUUCCAGGCUGGCAGCUUUUGGAGCAGCAGGAGUCAACAGGUUGUCCAUUGGUCUGCAGUCCCUGGAUGACACGGAGCUGCAGCUGCUGGGACGGACUCACUCGGCCAGCGACGGUUUGCAGACUCUGGCAGAAGCCAGGCGCCUCUUCCCUGGCAGAGUAUCGGUGGAUUUGAUGCUGGGGCUGCCGGCACAAAAGGUGGAGCCGUGGCUUCAGCAGCUCCAGAAACUGCUGUACCACUGCGAUGACCACCUCUCCCUCUACCAGCUGACCCUGGAACGGGGUACCUCACUCUUUGCCCAGGUGCAGCAGGGCACCCUCCCAGCCCCUGACCCCGACCUGGCUGCUGAGAUGUACCAGGAGGGCAGGACGGCCCUUCGAGACGCUGGCUUUCGCCAGUAUGAGGUCUCCAACUUUGCACGGAACGGGGCGCUCAGUACCCACAACUGGACUUACUGGCAGUGUGGUCAGUACCUUGGCAUUGGGCCUGGAGCCCACGGACGAUUUGUGUCCCGGGGAGCCGGAGGUCACACCCGGGAAGCACGGAUCCAGACGCUGGAGCCAGACAACUGGAUGAAAGAGGUGAUGCUGUGUGGUCAUGGCACCCGGAAGUGUGUUCCCCUGAGCAAGCUGGAGGUGCUGGAGGAGGUUUUGGCUAUGGGGCUGCGCACUGAUGUGGGGGUCACUCAUCAGCACUGGCAGCGGUUCGAGCCCCAGCUGACCCUGUGGGACGUGUUCGGAGAAAGCAGGGAGGUGGAGGAGCUGCGAGCGCAGGGUCUGUUGCUGUUGGACCACAGGGGUCUCCGGUGUUCGUGGGAGGGGCUAGCUGUGCUGGACUCACUGUUGCUGAUCCUCCUGCCUCAACUCCAAGAAGCCUGGCAGCACAGGACUCCCUCACCUGUGUCAGGAGGAUGACCAGCUGCUCCCACACCACAGGGCAACAGCGGUUGGACUUCCAAGUUUGGACCAGCACGGCGGACAUCUCUCCUCUGCCUGCUUUAAGGUGCCGGCCUCUCUGCUUUAAGUUGUUAUUGCUUGGCCCUGAUGUCCCCCCAUGGGGAUGGCUACAGUGAACCGGGAGAAAGAGCAUCUCUGGUCCUGGAGCUGGUACCCACCAACAUCUCAGGGGCCACAGAUCAGCCUGUGUUCCCAUGUGAGCCUAGGAGGUACUCGUCACAGUGGCUUUUGUUGGCACUUUUGGACACUAAAUAACAAGCAAUAUUUGGAAGUUAUUCUGUAGGGAAUUGUCUGUUGGAGAAGUCUCCCUCAUUCUGGAGUAAAGAGUUACUUACUGAGA